AAAAGUUUUUGAUACCUAACCAAACCAAACCAGCGACGGCCAAAUUGAGACUCCACCGCCGGCAGAAUUGAGACGGCUCCGGCAUUACAGUUUCUUCUCCUCACUCACUCACUCAGGCACCGUUUCUAUUAUUAAGAUCAAUGGCUAACACGCGAGGCAGGAAGAAAUGUCCUCAAUCAGCUUCAUCUCCUGUCAGAAAGCAAAACAAAGUUAGUAGAAUGAAUCCCCUGGUCGUUAAGAAAGAUGAUUUUGCAGAAGUGGAUCGCCCUAUUGCAGCAAUCAGGGCUUUAGCUGAUAUGGAGACUCAACAUUUGUCGAAUGGCUUGCUUCUGCUUAAAUCAAAUUUCACUCAAGAACAACUUCAGGUUCCUGUACUGCAGUUUUUCAACGAAAAUCUUCCAAACGUAAUGUUGACUAAAAAUGAAAAAAAUGGACAGUAUGAAGUUAAGUAUAAAGAUACAGAUAAUGAAUUGAUGAAUCAAACUGAAGAUAGAAACAUACAUGCUUCACUUUUACGCCGAUUAUCUUCAGUUUAUCCCUGCUCUUCUGCUGCUAUGCCAUCUUUUGCCAGCUUUGAAGUUUCUGGAGUUGGUAAUAGCCUUCUUGGUUCUGACAACAUGUUGAUGGAGGAUUUUGUUCCAGAGAAGCAUAACACUCACAUGCUUGGAUUGCAAGAAGCUCUUCAAACUCCAGGGGCAACCAGCCACAGAUUGUCUGUUGGAAUGACUCCAAAAACCCGUAGGCUCCCAAAGCUUGGUGAGAUGCUUCUCUCUGUUCAUGGCUCACCGCUGGGUGUCUAUAAUGACGAUGUCAUGGAAGCCAUACAAGAAUCAGAAGAAGGUUGACAAACAAGUUCAUUUGGCUGGGCGAGUAGGUGUGUGGCCCAAUCCCCCUUCGGCUCAAGGUUAAACCAGGGUUUGGAGAAUGUGGACUAGUAAUUUGUGAAUCAAGAUUUUUUUUCUUUUCAAGUUAAUUAAAAUUAUGGUAAAACCUUCAAAUUACAAAGAUACCAAGGGAGCCCUAUAUAUAGUCCUAGUUAACUUUGGAAAAGUAAAAGUUCUUUGUCUUGAAAUAUGAUUUCAUACCAUACAAACAUCUCUUGAAAAUCAAGAACUAGAUAAGUUGAUGAAACAUAAUUGGGUCGCUCCAUUUAUAUCAUUAACAGAUUUAUUUAUAGUAAAUAAAACAAUUUAAUUUGAAGUGUAGUAACAAA